AUGCGUAAAGGAAACCCUUGGGUUUGGCUUAAGGAGGAAAACCCUGCGCUUACGAACCGGUGCCGGGUUGGUGUUAAACCGUUGGUUCCGUUUAUUGUAGUUCGUUCGAUUGUUAAUAAAUGUUCCGGUAAGGAAGCGUUUUUGUGCCCCCGGCCAAAAGGGUGUAAUGGUAAAUUAUUUUUAUUAACGUUUUCGUGCGUAUUUUUAUUGGCCCAAUGCUUGGUUGCUUCCGUUAAAGUAACGGUAUUUUUUAUAUUUGCUAUCCGGGUGCUUGUAGUUUUGUUAAAGGUAACACGGCCAAAAUUAAUUUUACCAAACGCAUUGGCCGCGGCGGUAACGGUAUUUGUAAUGGUGGUUAAGCGGCAGUUAUUACUUUUCCUUUUUCCAAUUUCGUUGCUUUUAACGCUUUUUUUGCCCGGCCCGCUUCCCGUACUUUCCCGGUGGAAAUGCUUAAUAAUAAUAACGGUUUUUUUAGCGUUAGCAAUAAUAACGGCGGCAAUGCGCGGGUUAACGUUAAUUAUAUAA